AUGCAAUACAAUAGUGAAUUAGAAGAGAUAUUGAUCUUAGAGCAGACAAAUUACUCUAUUUCAUUAGCAAUAUCAAAUCCUACGAAAAAUGGAUCCAUUUUUAUAGCCGUGUCAAUAUACGAAAUCCGAAAAUUUUUCAAGAAAAAUAACAAGAAAAAACACCAUAAAAGAGAACCCGACGAUAUCAAACCAAAGAUCAGUGAAUUUCAACAUGCUGGUGGUCUUGACGAAUUAAUCGUUGCCAACGAAACUCUAUGCCUUUUAUUAAGUAAGAACAAUAACUAUGGACCAACAUAUCAAUACAAUUUCCCUGUCGCUGGUAUAACGCAAUUUACCAAUCAAUCAAAUCUCGUAGUGAUGACUGGUUCCGAUUUCAUUGUGUUUCCGUUGAAAAGAGAUCCUUCCUUAGAAGAGAAGUCUUUUUAUCCGAAAGCAAUUUAA